CAAGCAGUAGCAGGACUGCAACAAGUCCUGUUGUGUCCUGAAAAGGGACAGGUCGUGUGUCGGGGAAAAGCGCGCGUAAUGUCGCUAUCCGUCAAACUAAAACAGUUCAAAAUAGCCAAGUGCAAGGGCGAAAAGUUGGCCAAAGUCGAAUUCAGAGGAGUUUCACACUUGACGAAAAUUUUGGAUGACAGUGGUGGAGACAUUAUCAUAGUCGAUCAGAUUUUCGACUGGCCGGUGGCUCGUCCGAUUGAGGAAAAUGAAUUGCUAUUGGUCGAACUCUAUUCGCGAAAUCGUCUUUUCUCCGACAAAUUGCUUGGAUCUUAUACUUUAGUGCUACAAAGGGCUGUGAGGGAUGGGAGAGUUUCAGUAGCCGAUAGUUUAGUUGAUCCGAACAGUAAACCAAUACUUGCGACUGUUCAAUUCGAAGUCCUGUACACACUUCCGGACGAAUCGACCGCUUCAUUCACUGGCAGCAAUGCUUACGACAUGUUAGACGACGAGCAGCAAAUGCUCAUCGACAUCGAGCAAAACAUCGCCAAUAUCGAACGCAACCUGUCGAGGGACAAAACACCGAAACUGAAACAUGCCAACUCUUUAGCAACUCCUGAAAAAUCGCCCACACCUGUCGACCGAAAACGCAGUUCGACGCUGAAAAGCGUCCGGAGUUUGAUCAGAUUCGGGAAACAAAGGCCACCGAAGGACAGCGACAACGAAGAGGAAGUGUCUUUGAUACACCCAACAGAGUCCGGGAGGACGUCACGACAGGCGUCCGAGUCGGAAUCGGCGCCGGUUUCAAGGGCGGGAAGUCAGAGUUCCGUGUGUUCGAAUCCGGACAAUCCGGCGGAUGUGUCUUUGAUGGAGAGGAAUCGGAAGACGACAAAGCUCAAGACGGAUAUGAAGACAACAGUGCAGUCGGUACUCAAAGCUCAGGAUUUUCAAGUCUGUCUCACGAUUAUCGAAGCGAGGCAAUUAGCUGGCCUUAAUAUGGAUCCGGUUGUUUGUAUACAAGUCGGGGACCAGAAAAAAUACACCAGUGUAAAAGAAAGCACCAAUUGUCCUUAUUACAACGAGUAUUUCGUUUUUGACUUCCACAUGCCUCCAAUUAUGUUGUUCGAUAAAAUCAUCACGUUAUCGGUAUUACAUUCUAGGAAACUGCUACGACCUGGAACGGUCGUCGGCACAUUCAAGAUAGACGUCAAAACCGUUUAUGAUGCACCUGAUCACCAGUUUUACCACAAAUGGGCUCUGCUCACGGAUCCUGACGACAUCGCUGGUGGUCCGAAAGGAUACCUCAAGUGUGAUAUCAGCGUCAUUGGGAAGGGAGAUACUGUCAAGGUUCCACCGAAAAGUGAAAAGGAUGAAGACGAUAUUGAAGCAAACUUGCUUCUCCCGGACGGAGUCCCCAUCGACCGUCAACGCGCCCGCUUCAUCGUGAAAAUCUACCGAGCUGACGGUUUGCCAAAAAUGAACUCUUCGUUGAUGGCAAAUGUGAAAAAAGCAUUUACCGGCGAGUUGAGCGAUCUCGUUGACCCGUACGUUCAAGUGUCCUUUGCCGGUCUGACGGGUAAAACAAGCGUGAAGAAGCACAGUUAUGCACCCGUUUGGAACGAACAGCUCGUUUUCACAGAGAUGUUUCCGCCGCUGUGUCAACGGAUCAAGAUCCAAUUGCGGGAUAACGACCCCGUUAAGCCCACCGUUAUUGGGACACACUUCAUCGACCUGAAGACCAUCUCCAACGACGGAGAGAAGGGCUUCCUGCCCACAUUCGGCCCUUCCUUCAUCCACCUUUACGGCUCCACGAGGGAUUACAGCCUCAUAGACGAGCAUUCGAGCCUUAAUACGGGCCUGGGCGAAGGCGUCUCCUACAGGGCCCGUCUCCUGGUGGCAAUCAGGACCGAAAUCACCGACAGCAUCGAUCUUGCACCUUCAGCAGUGGAAAUCGAGCCGACAAUUCCAGUGAAUGAAGCCUCGUAUGCGAAAAAUGAGGAGUUCUUUUUGUUUGCGACCAUUUUGGACGCCUCCAUGAUUGAUAAGAAGCUGGGUGAUAAGCCGGUUUAUUUCGAAAUUAGUAUCGGAAAUGCAGGGAAUGCGAUUGAUGGGCAUAACGAGUCAACGAGGGAACAUUACGACUCGGACAGCGACGAAUUGGAGGCCGUCUCCACGGACAGCGGCUCCUGGCAGAGCACCACAACACCAACCAAACCCAUGACCCACGACAAAAUCUACUAUUUCCUCCCCUACUGGGACAACAAGCCUUGCAUGCACAUACGCUCAGUCUGGCCCGACUACAGGAGACGUAUGUACAACUCGAACAUAAUUUCGAAAAUUUCCGAAAAACUGGAAGACGGUCUUUCGGAAGUGAAUUCGUUAAUGGACUCUGACGAUCCUGAGAUAGAAACGCGCCUCAAACAGGUGCUGGAGGAUUUGUCAAUAGGCUGUGCUAAAUACGUAACGAUAUCGCAAGCGUCAAUGACGGGCCCUGGGACCGGCAAAACAAAGUUGGACAAAGAGCAUUUGAAACUUUGUCAAAGGGAGAUUGAACAUAUAGGGAGUGCUGCACGGAAUUUGAGAGCUUUAGUUACGAAAAGCUCGUUCAGGGAACGGUACAAAACGGCGCAGACUUACUUGACCAAAUUGAAAUUUCUAACGGAAGAUCCACAACACGCCCUUCCGGACGUAUUCCUCUGGAUUAUCAGUGGCGGUAAACGUCAAGCUUAUCAACGCAUCUCCGUUCGCGACAUUAUUUAUUCAAUCGUGGACGAAGAGAGCGGUAGAGAUUGCGGAAAAGUCCAGACCAUGUUCCUCAAACUGCCUGGAAAACGCAGCACCGGCCCCAGCGGCUGGUCAAUCCCCGCCAAACUCCAGAUCUAUCUCUGGCUAGGAAUGCUCAAACACAAAAAGAACUUUAUUAAUGGCAUUCCCAAAGGCUACGAAACGACACACGAAAUUAGAAACGUCGAACGGCCGCGUGCCCUCCCCCCUUCCAUCAUCCAUUACGUCGAAAAACACAUUUUUCAACUACGCGCCCACAUCUACCAAGCCCGCUCGUUAAUAGGAAGCGACGCGUCUGGACUUUCAGACCCUUUUGCUCGAGUCAUCGCUGGAGAAUUUAGCAAAACCACCCAAGUCAUCGACGAGACUUUAAGCCCCACAUGGGACGAACUGUUAAUUUUUGGCGAGAUUUUAAUUUACGGAACGGCGGAAGAAAUCAAACAGGACCCUCCUUCCAUAAUCAUCGAGAUUUUUGACCAGGAUAAAGUGGGAAAAUCGGAGUUUAUUGGGAGAGCUUUGGCCAAAGCUCAUGUUAAAUUAAGGGAGGAAGCUUACACUAAACCCAAAUUUCCUCCCUCUUUGGAGUGGUUUGAUAUAACACGUGGGAGUGAUCAUGCCGGCGAGUUAUUGGCAGCUUUCGAGCUUUUGGAGCUUCCGAACGAUGUUGAUGGAGGGACGUUACCCCCACUACCGGCCCCCAAGGACAUUCCCAUUUACAAGGACACGGAUUUAAAGGACUUGGUGCCAAUGCUUCCAGUUCCGAGAGGAAUUCGGCCGACUUUGGCCCGCUAUCGCAUUGAAGUACUGUUUUGGGGCUUGAGAGACCUCAAACGAAUACAUUUGCUAACGGUUGACAAACCACGAGUUGAUAUUGAAUGUUCUGGUCACAUUUUAUAUUCCUCUAUCAUACAAAAUGCAAAGAAAAACCCAAAUUUUAGCAAUCCAGUGAAAUUCCUGGACCUGGAUUUGCCAGAACAGGAGCUCUACCGCCCCCCGUUAACAAUCCGAGCGGUUGAUUGUCGCAGCUUUGGUCGCUACACUCUUGUGGGCACCCACAUGAUCAACUCAAUCCACAAGUACAUGUACAGCCCCCUUACGAAAAAAGACCGGGAGGAAGAUCGCAAACGCUCCCUCAACCAGCCGAAACCAGACAUCCCCCCACAACAGUCCUCCCCAACUAACCUAACAUUCCCCGAAAAUGACAAAGAGAAAAGUCCGCUUCUCCCGAAAGAUAUUUCCAUUUCUAUCGGUUAUGGGACGCAGCAAAGUGUGGCUAAAGCCAAGGCAGAGACGGGGAAGAAACGUAAACCGAGCCUUGACGAAGACGUGGAUGAUGAGGAAGGAAGUCGUGAUUGGUGGACGAAAUAUUUUGCGUCUAUUGAAAGGAUGAUUGACGAGUCGAAGGAAGCGAAGAAACUGUUGAGUCAGCAGAAUGGUAAUUUGCAGAUUUUGGUGGAUGAGGAUGGGCAACAGUCGGGGAAUACGUCCGAUAAGAGUCCAGGGGAUGGGAAAAGGAGGUUUGGGUUUAAAACAGCAGCGACAGCGUCGAGGUUUGCGGCAAGGAUUAGUCCGAAGAGUGUGAGGAAAAGGAGUAAAUAUAAACCGGCGCUGUGUAAGAUUUAUCCAACGGAGCUUGAAGCCGUGCCAGAAUUUGGCGAAUUCAAAGAGUGGUUGCACACUUUCGAACUAUACAGAGGCAAAAAGACUGGAGACGAAUCAGAAGACGACAGUCGAGUCGUUGGCUACUUUAAAGGCGCUAUUAAAGUCUACAAAUGGCCUUUACCCAAAGACCUCGAGGACCACACAAUCAUGGGCCUCGACCCACAAUUCGGCUUUUUCCAAGGCUUGCCUUCCAACGACCCGAUCCGAGUCCUGGUGCGCGUUUACGUAGUCAAAGCCAACGAUCUCCACCCCAUGGACUUGAACGGGAAAGCGGAUCCAUAUGUUGUGAUCCAACUCGGAUCAAAGCGAAUAAGCGAUAAAGACAAUUACAUUUCAAAACAGCUCAAUCCAGUUUUUGGAAAAUGCUUUGAGAUCGAAGCGACUUUCCCGCAAGAUUCACUGUUGACAAUCCAGAUAUACGAUUGGGAUUUAGUUGGGUCGGAUGAUAUGGUCGGGGAAACGAAAAUUGAUUUAGAGAAUAGGUUUUAUAGCAGACAUAGAGCCACUUGUGGAUUACCGGAGAAAUACGAAGAACAAGGAUACAACGCUUGGAGAGACGCAAUGAAACCGACCCAAAUUUUGGCAAAACUAUGCAAAGACGCAAAAGUUGAACCCCCUGUAUACGCCGACGGUCAGAUCAAAAUCGGGCGCCAAAUUUUCACACUCCAAUCUGAAGAUUUUGAUUUUUUCAAGACGAAAGAAUCGGAGGAACACAUGGCUUUGGCCGUUUUACACCGUUGGCACGAAUUCCCCAAAGUUGGGUGUCACCUUAUCCCGGAACAUGUCGAAACGCGGCCACUCUACAACCCGGAUAAGCCCGGAAUCGAACAGGGAAAACUGGAAAUGUGGGUCGAUAUGUUCCCGAUGGAUAUGCCAUUGCCAGGCCCUCCUUUGGACAUUUCUCCCCGGAAACCGAAGAGUUACGAGUUGCGGGUUAUUAUAUGGAAUACGGACGAUGUUGUCCUUGAAGACGAUGCGUUUUUCACGGGGGAGAAGAUGAGCGAUAUUUAUGUGAAAGGGUGGCUUAAGGGACCGGAGGAUUGUCAGUGUACGGAUAUACAUUAUAGGUCGUUGACUGGGGAAGGGAAUUUUAAUUGGAGGUUUAUUUUUCCCUUUGAUUAUAUGGUGGCUGAACAAAAAAUUGUUAUUUCGAGAAAGGAAUCGCUGUUUUCGUGGGAUGAGACCGAGUGCAAGAUUCCAGCGAGGUUGGAGCUGCAAGUGUGGGAUGCUGAUCACUUCUCAGCCGAUGAUUUUUUAGGGGCCAUCACGCUGGACUUGAACCGCUUUCCCCGCGGUGCGAAAUCCUCCAAACUGUGUACUUUAGACAUGUUGAAAUCGGACGGUUCAGUGCCCGUUGUAAACAUUUUCAAACAGAAACGAGUCAAAGGCUGGUGGCCGUUCUUCAUUAAAAAAGACAACGAAGAAAUGGAAUUAACGGGAAAAGUCGAAGCGGAAAUACACCUCCUAUCGAGGGAGGAAGCCGACAAAAAUCCAGUGGGCUUGGGACGGGGUGAACCGGACCCUUUGGAGAAACCAAAUCGACCCGAUUCGUCGUUCAUGUGGUUUAUGAAUCCGUUGAAAUCGAUACGAUAUAUUAUAUGGCACAAUUAUAAAUGGACUAUUUUGAAACUUUUUAUCAUCAUUGGCUUAGCAAUAAUCAUCUUGUUAUUCUUCUACUCUAUACCAGGCUACACUGUGAAGAAAAUGUUAGGAGCUUAAUGCUUGCCUGCACUCGUUUCAUCUUUCAUCAUGUAUUCAUCAGCAUCAGUACAAAUCUUAUUAUAAAGACACAAUGUAAGAUAUUUUUGGCUUUUGCCUAAAUCAAACUGUAUUAUAAUAUUUAGAAUCAAAGUUAAAAAUAUAAAGAAUACGUUAAGAA